GAUUGGUUUAACAUGCAAACUGUCAAGAGUAAAGGAAGCGAUCUAGUGGCAGCGAUGCAAACCUUCCAGCCACACUGACUGUCUUUCAUACAAAUGGAGGCCAGGACUGUCAUCAGAUAAGCUGCAGCCUCCAAGUCACUAAAGACUCUUAGGAAACAGAAGCCAAUCGAAUGGGUUUUGAAUCUGCUGAAUACUAAAUGAGAAACUUCCGUGACGCUAUCAUUGCAGAGGACUGACCAUCACCAUAGUUUCUCACAAAGCCUUUUUAGGUUUUGAAAGCCCCUCUUUUCAGUCUCAUUCUGCUCCUCUGCCUCACACACCUUCAUCCAGUGGCUCUGCUGUUCAGCCCACAUACUGUAGAGAGGACCCUUCCCUCCGACCUGGCCCCACAUCGGCGGCCAGCUCUGGCGGUGUGUUGGUGAACGAUGGCGCGGUGGGAAGCUGAGGGCUGCCGCGGGGGACUGUGAUGUCAGAGAACACCAGCCCGGGCGAGAGCCGGCGUGGCGCUCCCAGAUUCUUCGUGGGCUGCGAGGAGGAUGAAAGCGAGGUCCUGGACGAUAGCGAGGUCCUGGACGAGAGCAUGAGGACAGACAUGGAGCUGUAUGAGGACGACGAAGACUCAGACUCGGUGUGUGCAUUACCCAAAUCACAGUUCCAAAUCCUCUUUAAAAAACCUCCAUUUCACCAUUUUGAUAUAUUUUUCAAUGAUACUCCCCCAGAGCAACAGAUCGUGGUGGGGAUCUGCUGCAUGAUGAAGAAGUCCAAGUCCAAGCCCAUGACCCAGAUCCUAGAGAGGUUGUGCAAGUUCGAGUUCAUCACCGUGGUCAUCUUCCCAGAGGAGGCCAUCCUCAACGAGCCUGUGGACAAAUGGCCUCUGUGCGAUUGCCUCAUCUCUUUCCACUCCAAGGGAUUCCCGCUGGAUAAGGCGGUGAGCUAUGCCAAACUGAGAAACCCUCUGCUCCUCAACGACCUGAACAUGCAGUACUACAUACAGGACAGGAGAGAGGUGUAUCGCAUCCUGCAAGAGGAAGGGAUUGACCUACCGCGCUAUGCUGUGCUGAACCGCGACCCAGAUAAACCAGAUGAGUGUAACCUGGUUGAGGGAGAAGACCACGUGGAGGUGAACGGAGAGAUUUUUCAAAAGCCUUUUGUUGAGAAGCCCGUCUGCGCAGAGGACCACAACGUCUACAUCUACUACCCCACCUCUGCUGGUGGAGGCAGCCAGAGACUCUUCAGAAAGAUCGGCAGCCGCAGCAGUGUGUACUCGCCAGAGAGCAACGUGAGGAAGACGGGCUCGUACAUCUAUGAAGAGUUCAUGCCAACAGAUGGCACCGAUGUUAAGGUGUACACUGUGGGGCCCGACUAUGCUCACGCUGAGGCCCGGAAGUCCCCCGCUCUGGACGGGAAGGUGGAGAGAGACAGUGAGGGGAAGGAGGUCCGCUACCCCGUCAUGCUCUCAGCCAUGGAGAAACUGGUGGCUCGUAAAGUCUGCCUAGCAUUCAAGCAAACUGUGUGUGGCUUCGAUCUCCUCCGAGCCAACGGACACUCGUAUGUGUGCGACGUCAACGGAUUCAGCUUCGUGAAGAACUCGAUGAAGUACUAUGAUGACUGCGCCAAGAUCCUUGGGAACAUCGUGAUGCGUGAGCUGGCUCCUCAGUUUCAGAUUCCUUGGUCCAUCCCCACUGAGGCAGAGGACAUCCCCAUUGUUCCUACUACAUCAGGGACCAUGAUGGAGCUACGCUGUGUCAUUGCCGUCAUCCGACAUGGAGACAGAACGCCCAAACAGAAGAUGAAGAUGGAAGUUCGCAACCCAAUGUUCUUUGAUCUUUUUGAAAAAUAUGGAGGCUACAAAACAGGGAAAUUAAAGCUGAAGAAGCCAAAGCAACUGCAGGAGGUGCUGGACAUCACACGGCAGUUGUUAGCAGAACUAGGACAGCACAAUGACUGCGAGAUAGAAGAGAAGAAGUCUAAACUGGAGCAGCUGAAGACUGUUCUGGAAAUGUACGGCCACUUCUCGGGUAUCAACAGAAAAGUGCAACUAACUUACUUGCCCCAUGGGCAGCCCAAAACCUCAAGUGAGGAAGAAGAUACGCGUAAGGAGGGUGCAUCUCUGCUGCUGGUGCUAAAGUGGGGGGGAGAGCUGACUCCUGCUGGCAGAGUCCAGGCUGAGGAGCUGGGCAGGGCCUUCCGCUGUAUGUACCCCGGGGGUCAAGGAGACUAUGCUGGAUUCCCAGGCUGUGGGUUACUGCGGUUACACAGCACCUACAGACACGACCUGAAGAUAUACGCGUCCGAUGAAGGCCGGGUGCAGAUGACGGCCGCUGCUUUUGCAAAGGGUCUGCUGGCGCUGGAGGGGGAGCUGACACCCAUCCUGGUGCAGAUGGUGAAGAGCGCCAACAUGAACGGGCUGCUAGACAACGACAGCGACUCGCUGAGCAGCUGCCAGCACCGCGUCAAGGCCCGACUGCACGACAUCCUGCAGAAGGACAGGGACUUCAACGAGGAGGACUUCGACAGGCUGGCCCCAACCUGUAGUGAUUCUGUGGUGAAUUCAAUGAAGAUUGUGGAGAACCCUGUGGCCACAUGUGACCAGGUCUACGCCCUCAUUCAGAGCCUCACCUCACAGAUCCGCAAAAGGAUGGAGGACCCCAAGUCAGCUGACCUGCAGCUGUACCACAGUGAGACUCUGGAGCUGAUGCUGCAGCGCUGGUCCAAACUCGAGAGAGAUUUCCGCAUGAAGAACGGCCGCUACGACAUCAGUAAAAUCCCAGACAUCUACGACUGUGUGAAGUACGACGUUAUCCACAACGCCACCCUGGGCCUGGAGGACACACUGGAGCUGUUCAGACUGUCUCGAGCUUUGGCCGACAUCGUCAUCCCACAGGAAUAUGGCAUUAAUAGAGUGGAGAAGUUGGACAUAGCAUACACCCACUGCCUCCCACUGGUCAGAAAGAUCCAGCUCGACCUGCAGAGGACCCACGAGGACGAGUCUGUCAACAAGCUGCACCCUCUGUACUCUCGAGGGGUGAUGUCUCCUGGGCGCCAUGUCAGGACACGUUUGUAUUUCACCAGUGAGAGUCACGUCCACUCCCUGCUCAGCAUUUUCCGCUACGGUGGCUUGCUCGACGAGGAGAACGACCAGCAGUGGAAGCGUGCCAUGGAUUACCUCAGCGCCGUCUCUGAACUCAACUACAUGACUCAGAUUGUCAUCAUGCUGUAUGAGGACAACAAUAAGGAUCUGGCCUCUGAGGAACGCUUCCACGUGGAGCUUCACUUCAGUCCCGGUGUGAAAGGCGUGGAGGAGGAGGAGAACGCACCGACCGGCUUCGGCUUCAGGCCCGCUUCUGCAGAGAACGGGCAGAAGCAGACGGAUCCCGGCAGCCUGGAGGACCUCUCGCGAGAUGAGACCGACCGCGCCGUGCCGCUGUCUGAGCCAAUCACCAUUCAGAGGAAGUCUCCACUCAUACGCAAUCAUAAGACAGGAUCCAUGGAGGUUCUGUCAGAGACAUCUUCCUCCAAAGUAGGCAGUUAUCGCCUCUUCUCGUUAUGCUCACGUCAAUCCCCCGAGAUGAAGCAAAGUGGAUUAGGCUCUCAGUGCGCCGGGCUCUUCAGCACCACUGUCCUAGGUGGGUCCUCUAGCGCCCCUAACCUGCAGGACUACGCACGCGCACAUCGCAAAAAAUUCUCCACCGGCAGUCUGUCCUACAAAGACGAGUUGUUGUCAAUGCCGGCAGUAAAACGAUUUUCUGUGUCGUUUGCAAAGUUUCCGACUAAUGGAACUAAAGAUGACACAUCGGCCGUAGCAGUGGCUCCACCUGUCUGGUGCACUGCAACAGAGCCCUUGGAUGAGCAGCGUGUGGCCCAGUUGUUGAGGCGUUUCUCCACCGACCUCAGCCUGGGCCGCCACCUCUCUCUGGACGGGGCGCUGGCCCACCACCUCCACCAGUGCUCCUACCACCUCCGCCUCUUCCGAAACUGGCUCAUCUCCGGCCAGGACCCCGUAGAGUACCUCCACGGCUUCGAAGGCUGCUCCAUGGUACCCUCCAUCUAUCCGCUGGAAACUCUGCACAACUCGCUGUCGCUAAAACAGGUCGCAGAGUUCCUCGCCGGUGUGUGCCAGAGUGCAGGGGAUCCACACACGAGGACUACCAGAGCUCUGCAGUCGGCCAUGUUGGACGCACAGAACCAUCCGUCAGUGGACUCGUACAUCCCUCAGAGAGUCUCUUCCUCCAUCUCUCCCAGAUCUCGUUCUGACAGACCUCCUUGGUACAGCAGCGGUCCAUCCAGCACAGUAUCCAGCGCCGGGCCUUCUUCUCCCACCACAGCAGACACUUCCCCACGCUUCAGUUUCAGUGAUAAGAUCUCUCUCACCCCCCAGAGCAGCGAGGAGACUCAAUCGUCUCAAAACAUUUCCAAUCAGCCGGCACCCGCCUCUGGGUCACAGGGAAAUGACCCGACCACAACCCUCGCCGAUGUCCCUCUGACUCCUAAUAACUCAUCAGAGGAAGACGGGGAGCUUGGCCCCACUACAGACCGCCAGCCUAACGAUCCUGAACACACACAGGAAGUGGCUCCUCCGGCUAGGGAAGCCUCAGAUCCCUGCCCGAUUCCGCCCUGCUCGCCGUUAGCGGAGCUCACCCUCUCUCGGAUGGAGGGCUACUGCCUCCCCGGCUCUCUGCCCGUGCUGCUGGAGCUCCGGGAGAGCAGCAGCGAGGCAGGCUCCAGCUCCCAGACGCCCCAGUCCCCCGAGGGACUCGACGAGUUCUUCGACACCCAGGAGUCCAUGGAGCUGUGGAUGGACAGCCCAGAAGAUGUCCCCCAACCUGAGACGCCUCUAGAUGGUGGAGCAACUCAAUCAGCAGAGCCGUAGAGCAUGGAGACUUUCAGAACAGAUCCGUCAGACACUACUGUAACUGUACAUCCUGGCUGUCAAUCAUGAGCAGUGAGGCGUUGUACUGUGUGACAGUCGCCCUGGCCUCCUCCUGCUUGAUGAAUACUGUGUGUUGAGUAAUAAUGAAUGGGCAGCUGAUCCUCUCACUAGGCUCUGCUUAGAAUAAUCAUAUGACAGUGCCAUAAGUGCUGUUCAUCGCCUUUUAGAAAGCACAUCGGGGCUUGCCAGUGACGCCACUGAGCAUCCUCUGACAGUCUACUGGUUCUGUCUUUAUAGACGUAGAGAGCCAAGUGUUGUAAGUGGAAGCUUUAUCGUCAAACUCCCUGUUGCUGUUGCUUAUUAGCGGUUACACAAACCUUUCCUUAAAGCUGGAUUCAUCAGUUUUGGCCACUGGGAGGCAGAGCGAGACAUUUUAUCACAUUAUAAAACUGUUUAAACUCUGAUUUAUUCUCCACCCAUAAUCUCAAAAGAAAUGUUCUUAAAGAGGCCUUAAGAAAUAGUUUCCAAAUGUUAUGUGUUCAAUUGAUUCAAAGUGAUCAUGGAGAUAUUGAUCAAUGGAACUUUAACUUGUGUCGUCUUACCUUUUAGCCUUUACCUUUGGACAGAUGACGUUUUCCCGUGAUCAGCUUCCAUAACCUCCAUCAUAGUCCCGUGACGGGUAUCAGGGUUUAUGUCCUGGCAUCGGGUCCUUUGUUUGUUACAGGAUAAUGUUACUUAUAAGCUCACUUAUUUUAUUAGAAACACAGGAAGUAACUUGCAAGGCCUUGAAGAUAUAAUCUGUGGCUUUUCUGCUCUUCGUCUUACCCCAGCGUGUGUUCUCUUCUGAGCUUCUUAUGUUUAGUAUCUGCGUUUGAAUUUUAAAGAAAAAACAAACAAAAGCUAAAUAUUUGUUUCUGUCAGAAUGUUUUUGUUAUAAUGUCAGUUAAAAAAAGGUGUCCGUAAAUCUCCAGGUCAAGCUGCGUACAUCGCCUACAGCCAAAGUCCUUAAUCCUCAUCGGAGAUUUAAUAUAAUCGGUAGAAACUGAUAGAUAAAAAAAACAUUUAUUAAGAAAUGUCAUCUUAAUACUCUUCUGGUAUUUUUGAUACCCACAUCAGAUAUCUUAUUGUACCAUAGCUAUUGUAUAUGUGUUGGUCAAAUCACCUCAUGAUGUGGGAAAAUAUGAAAGCUAAUUCCUUUUAUCAGCGAACAAACGGGAGGAGCGAUUUACAUUCAAUGUGCUUUUAUAUAGGCAAGCAGGUAUGUAGCAGGUGUGUGUGUGUGGGGGGGGGGGGGGGGCUACACACAUGAUGAUAAGCAAUUCAGGUACAUGAGUACGCUGAAGUGCUAUUCUGUGUUCAAUCAGUGAGAUGUGAUGUUACAUUACGAUAUAGUGUAGAGGGGGGAAACAACUGUGAGUCAGGGAGACUGACCUGUCACCCUGUCGGUUUGUAAACAGAUACUCACUCUGUUUUGCUUUUGUGCUGCAGGUGCUGUUUGCUUGAAGGGUCAAUUUACUCAAAUUACAAAAAGCUGAAAACAUUUGCUCCCUUGAGGUAAGUGAGGCAGUGCAGAUAGUUUUGGUUGUAUUCGUUCUGGGUUUCAGAAAUUGUGCUCAAAAAAUCUGUAGCAGUGGGUCUUUCCAGAACUAGAGACCCCAUCACUCUGGAUAGUUCAGAGUGCAUCUUAACCUCAGGUUGAAUAUCAGUAAGUGCUAACUAAGUAGGGUUUUUUGAUCAUUUCAAGUAUGCGUUUUAAAAAAAAAACCUGAAUGGAAAGAAUUUGAAAAAAGGAAAAGUUUUGCAAAAGAAAGAGUUUAAAGAUCUGACUAUAACAUAGCGUAUAUACAAUAUGGGACAAAUGUGUAGUACAAUUCAUGAAACGAGCAUGAAUGUGACAUGUAUACAUCAUGUUUCCCAUACUCAGAGGCUUUAAGGCUCAUCUUGUUGGAUUUUCUUCUGCAGUGCUUUAUGGAACAUAACUGAAGAGUCAGCAACCGACUGUAUCUUAAUGCGCUCAACUCCUGGUAUAUGGAUAGUAGUAGGGAAGGAAAAGUGCAAAAGGUUAGCUUUUUUCUUUACCGAUUUUCUAGAAAUUCAUUUAAAAUCUAUGCUACAGUUUGAUAGAACACGGUGUAACAAGUUGCACCUGUAACUACAACACCCUGAGUGAUGUCACAAUGUGAGUCUUGAGGCCUUACUUCAGACCUGAGAGUACCAUAAACCAAACUGUUCCCUUCUGGUGCAUCAGAGGAAAGGCAGAACACUCAGAUACAUAUCUCAACAUUUGGGCUCCAUGGCUAAAUGCCACUAUAGGCUAGAAAAAUCUGUUUUGUAAUUUCUGUGAAUUGACCUUUAAAACCUGCUCAGAGUGCUUCGUGAACUGAAAUCACAUGUCUGACAUUUCUCCCUGUUGGAUCAUCAAGCUUAGGUAAGGAUGCAUAAUGUGUGUGUUCUUCAAAUCUGUACUAACUCUACUGAGCUGAUUCCACAAAUGCUCUCUGUCCUGGUUUAAACCGCCCGUCUGUGUGAAGCUUAAUCAUUUGGAUUUAGAAUGGUCGUUAUGUGAAAGAUACACAAUAUUCUGUAUUGCCUCUAACAAUGUUACAAAUACAGCUAUUGGAGUGUAAUUCAAAUGUGUCGGUUCUACUUCAUUAUUUGCUUUAGUAUCAUUAAAAAAAAAAUCCAGUUUAAGAACAAAA